AGAGGCGCUCUAUGGUGCGCAGUAUAAAGCGGAGUGAAGCAUUAUAAACGACCUUUCAUUUAGGAUGAAGGACAGUGAAUGGAAGCGGUUUUACAUGGAGGGCGUCGUAUUGUGGGCUGCAGCUGUUCGACAUCGUCUUCCCUGGAUGACUUGAGUCUUCUGCGAGUGAAAAUGAACUUACCAGAUUGUAAGAUGCCAGGUUGCUGAAGGCCCAUUCAAGAUGCAGUACUGAAUUUGGGUGGAGAACGCGUGUUCCAAAUAUCAGCUGUGACAGUUGGAGUUGGUAGCCAGUGGACUGAAGGCCAGGUACCAUGACUGGAUGUUGAAGAUGUCAGUGGGCAGUUUUUUAGGAUCCCGGGUUGCAGUUUCUGCUUUUGCGCAUUCCUCUAACACAGGCAUGUCAAACAUACGGCCCGCGAGCCGGACCCGGCCCGUUGGAUGAUUUAAUCCGGCCCGGCAUAAAUUUCUGAGUAUGUCAAAAAAAGAAGCGAGUCUCUAGCUCAUUUCUAUCAAAAGUUAUGAUUUUUUUAAAAUAAAUACAAACCAAAUGCUCCCUCCGGCCGCGGGAGGGCAGUAAAUGUGUAAAAGAGCUCACGUCCAGCAUGCGGCAUUGACACGAGUUAGUACUAAAAAUAAACCGGCAAUCUUGCUUCACAAUUCACCACUACUAAACAAGUUAUCGGUCAACACACCCUUCCCAAAAUGGCACUGUCAAAAAAAAGAAAAGUGGACACGGAGUGCAGAGUUUUCAAGGAAAAAUGGACUGAGAAUUAUUUAUUCACAGAAGUGAAUGCAAAACCAGUGUGCUUGGUAUGUAAUCAGCAAGUUGCAGUGUUCAAAGAGUUUAAUAUUCGGCGCCACUAUGAGACUCAUCAUAAAGACAAGUAUGACCACUUGAAAGGACAAAUAAGGAAAGACGAGAUAAACAAAUUGGUGGCUGGUCUGAAGAAACAGCAGUCUACUUUUACGCGCAGCCGCGAUAUCGCUGAUGGGGCUGUAAGAGCCAGCUGCAUUAUUGCCAACGAGCUGGUGCAGGCAUCCAAGCCAUUUUCUGAUGGGGAGUUUGUAAAAACAUGCAUGCUGAAGGCUGCAGAAGUCGUGUGCCCUGAAAAGCGACCUGCCUUUGCCAAUAUUAGUCUAACGAGGAACACUGUCGCAGAUCGGGUGACAGAACUCUCAAGUGACUUGACAGGCCAAAUGAAAGAGAAAAUCAAGUCAUUUAUCGCAUUUUCAAUUGCAAUAGAUGAGAGCACCGAUGUCACAGAUAUUGCUCAACUGGCCAUAUUCGUUAGAGGUGUUGAUGAAACUUUGACCAUCACCGAGGAGCUGCUUGAAUUGGUGCCCAUGAAUGACACCACAACAGCAGAUGACAUUUUCAGCGCUCUCGUUGGAGCGCUGGACAAGGUGGGAGCGGACUGGUCCCGUGCCGUGAGCCUGGCUACCGACGGUGCGCCAUCAAUGGUCGGGAGAAAGGCAGGCGUUGCCACAAAAUUCCGUGACAAAGUACAGACCGCAAAUGGAGGACAAGAGUUUUGGGCAUUUCACUGUAUUUUGCAUCAGGAGGCGUUAUGUUGCAAAACACUGCAAAUGGACCAUGUUAUGAGUGUGGUUGUGAAAACUGUCAAUUUCAUCAGAGCGCGCGGUCUAAAUCACCGUCAGUUUGACACAUUUCUCAGUGAUAAUGUCAUUCAUGCUGGCCUACCAUACCACACUGACGUGCGGUGGUUAAGCAGAGGUGCAGUACUCAAGCGCUUCUUUGAGCUACGAGGGGAAAUUAGACAGUUCAUGGAGAAGAAGGGACGCCCAGUAAAGGAACUUAAAUGCAAGGAAUGGGUGCAGGAUCUUGCGUUUAUGGUUGAUAUUACACAACACUUGAAUACACUUAACACUACAUUGCAGGGCCGUAACAGAGUUGUCACUCAAUAUUACGACAGCAUAAGUGCGUUCAAGAUGAAACUGUCACUGUGGGAGACGCAGCUAUCCAACGGUGACACCGCGCAUUUCUCUUGUCUCACAGCUGUGCGUCCGGAGGCACCGGACCGUCCCAAUAAUGAUUUGGAAAAAUAUAAAGACAACAUAACAGAUUUGCUGCGAGAGUUUGAGCAGAGGUUUCAGGUAUUCAGUGAACUUGAGAACAAAUUUGGCUUUUUUCGCUCGCCAUUUACAGUGAAGCCUUCUGAUAUGCCAGCUGACAUUCAACUCGAGCUUAUUGACUUGCAGUGCGAUUCCGCUAUGAAGGAUAAAUUUGGGUCCGUGGGAUUGGAUACGUUUUAUCAAUAUCUCGUGCCAGGUUACCCCAAAUUAACAGCCAUGGCUGCAAAGGUUCUAUCCAUGUUUGGGACUACUUAUCUUUGUGAACAGGUGUUCUCCGUAAUGAACAAUAAUAAAACAAAGCAGCGCUCAAGGUUAACAAAUAAACACUUGAAUGACAUUGUUAAAUGUGCUGCUAAUAUCGAUACACUUGUGAAGGCAAAAAGAUCCCAAGUUUCAGGAGCCAGCAGCAGCAAGUAGACUGCAGGAGUGCAGUGAGAGAGAAAAAAAGUGUGAUGACACGAAAUUUGUUUGCACUCAUGAAUACAGAUCAUUAAAAAUAAGAUUAAUCUGGUUUCAUAUUAAAGACAAUUAAUAUUGUGCAGUAUAUUCUCAGCUUCAGUAGGCCCAGCCUAGUAGUUUGAUCUGAUGUAGUCUAAUCUUAUUGCCCAUGCACUGCUAUAACUUUUAUUUUGUAUUUCUUUUUUUAUUUAUUUCAAAGCAGUAUGACAAUUAAGGCGAAAAUAUUUUUUUCAUAGCUCCCACUUGAGUUUGUUUAGUGUGGUGAGUUGGUUCAGGUGUAAAACUGCAUUCACUUAACUGUUAAAAUAAACCAGUUGUUAACACAUUCACCGCCUAACAUGAAAUCAUUUUUUUUUUCCAUUGUUUGUGAAUAAAUGUGUUGUGCUUAGAAAAGAUCCCUUGUCAUCCGUGAUUAUAAUAUGUAGGGUAGGCUACAAAUGUAGGCUGAAUGAUAAAGCAUAGUACUGAAAAACAAAGCUAAAUAUUUGGAGUUGACAUUCUUUUACUGAUCCGGCCCACCCGAGAACAGAAAGUCUGGAUCCGGCCCCAGAGCCAAACUGAGUUUGACAUGCCUGCUCUAACACGUGUUGCCCUGUGUGCUGCUAAAAAUAAACAAUAAAAACCAUUGUAAAUUAA